AUUUUGAUGGAGUUGGAGGGUAAUGAGAAGGUGGGAUCUGAUGUCCAUCAACCAGAACGCCAUGAAUUCUAUAAUACCAUCCCGGACUCGGUUUUGCUGGGAAUAUUCGCAUAUUUAGAUGCGCGUUCCCUGCUUGCUGCUUCCAUGACAUGCCAAAAAUGGUGCAGGGUUGGUCAAGAUGAGUUGUUAUGGCGGGAUCUGCUACGUGCUGACUUUCACGUUCCGUUCGGAAUCACCCCACCUGAAUCGUGGCGCCUGGAAUAUCGUCGCCUGCAUUAUUGCGUACCUGUCGUGCUAACCGAAGAUCUUCAGGAGCAUAGUCACGAAGUGCUGCAUGUCACCUUCUCUCAUGAUGGGAGAUUCUUCGUCACAUGUUCGAUGGACAACUUCGUUCACGUAUGGGAAUCAGGGUUUCCAUCUUACAUGAAGUAUUAUCAAAACAUGCAAGAAUUCAGAUGGAUCUUCCCGCAGUACUCGCAGUUCAACGAGGACAGUACGCUUCUUCUGGUCAGUGGAGUUAUUUGUGAAAGGGAAGCAGUUGGGGAAAUUGUUGUGUUCAGUAUCGAAGAAAGUGGAUUAAACUUUCGUUGCCGGAUUGAAUCUCGCCCCUACGAUCUUUUUGGCGCUUGGUACCAUUCGGAGUACUUUAUUUCUGGAGGAGUAUCCAUCAUUGGAACGGCAAUAGUAUCCAAACUUUCAUUAGUGAAAGCAUCGCAAGAAACUGAAAGUGAGCAUCAGGCUGUCAUGAACAGUAUGUUGCGAUUUUACACUCGCUUAUCUUGUGCCCGUAAUAUACUUGUGGCCGACUGCCACGAAGCGAAAAACACGGACGAUCCGGCGUGUAGCAAGUCGGGCUUUCGACCUUCGCAUUGGGUUAAUCCCAUGUGUGAUGUUCCGACAGUGAUGUGGAACGAUGGGCCGUAUGACGCAAAAGAAAACGAAGACAGCAGAUGCCUGAAGCUUUUAUACCCAUGGGAUAAAUAUCUGAUAUUUACUUCUGGAGGAAGAGCCAACGUGCCUCACGUUGUGAACAUCAAACGUGUUCCACCUCUUGCUUUCAUGCACUAUUUCAAUGCUGGGCCCUCGCUAGCGGAACGAGUAGCACGUGUCAGAUCUCGGGAAGAAGACGACGUAGAAUUUCCAGAGAACCAACUACCGGCACUUCUGUCUGAUGAAGAUAUUCUGGCUAAAUUCGACUUACCCGACAGCUCUUUUGAUCUGGGAGGAUACAUCGUUGGAAUGGCCAUUUCUCCAGAUCACAGGUAUUUAUAUGUCAAUGUUCGACCGUGGCCAUUCGGUGCGAUCGUCGACGAUCCUGGUGAACCACCGCCGAUAGCCGAACAAAUAGAAGUUCGGAUAAUCGACCUGAAGACUUUGGAGGUGCUUGGGCCUGUUUUGGCGUCUCACAAAGCCUAUAGUUCCAGUGAUCGAUGCUGUUAUGUGUUCCUUGAUGCAUGCGACAACUACGUUGCUAGUGGUUCGGAGGAGAAGUAUGCCUAUGUUUGGGAUCGCCGGUGGAUGAUUUUGUUAGCUAAGCUGCAGCAUUCAAGCUCAGUGAAUGCGGUAGCCUUCAACCCUGUGGAUUCGGAAAUGCUUGUGACUGUUUCUGAUGACAAAUCUGUGAAAGUUUGGCGAUCACGACGACGUUGCGCCGCGCUCAAUGUUUCUGUUGCCGAACGACCAGUUGGGAUAGAAUUACGUGCGAACAAUGUCAAGUGACAUAUUAAAACUUAUUUAUUUUCGUUUUCGAAGGCUUGUGGUUGCUUACUCAUGUAUAUUCUUCGAAAAGUGACUGCGGUUACUUUCAUCACGAAAUCAUGUUGUGCCGCCAUGUUUACAGAAGGCUUUUUUCGCUGAAUAAUUUUCAACCUGUGAAGAAUCCGGUGCUUUUCACUGUAUUUCGAUAUUUUGCAAGAAUGGCGAAGUACGAAGUCAUCAUGAUUCGCCACGGCGAGAGCGCAUGGAACAAAGAAAACCGAUUCUGUGGCUGGUUCGAUGCUGAUCUUAGUGAAGCUGGAAUUGAAGAGGCAAAGAGAGGAGGACAAGCGUUGAAAUCUGACGGCCACAAGUUUGACUUGGCCUACACAUCUGUUCUGCAACGGGCUCAGAAGACGCUUGCCACUGUUCUGAAAGAAAUCGGACAAGAAGAUCUGCCUGUGGUCAAGACCUGGCGUUUGAACGAGCGACAUUAUGGUGCUCUGACGGGUUUGAACAAAGCCGAAACUGCUGCCAAACACGGAGAAGAACAGGUUCAAAUCUGGCGUCGCAGCUACGACAUUCCUCCACCACCAAUGGAAGAAAGCCAUCCUUACUAUAAACUGAUUGUUGAUGACGAGCGGUACAAGGACGAACCCUCGAAAGAGGAGUUCCCCAUGUAUGAGUCCCUCAAACUCACGAUUGCCCGCACUCUACCGUUUUGGAACGAUGUCAUCUGCCCUCAAAUCAAGGCCGGCAAGAAGAUUCUCAUCGCUGCUCAUGGAAACAGUUUGAGAGGCAUUGUCAAGCAUCUGGAAGGUAUGUCGGAAGAAGCUAUCAUGCAAUUGAAUCUGCCGACCGGUAUUCCCUUUGUUUACGAGCUGGAUGAAAAUUUGAAACCCACUGGACCCAUGAAGUUCCUUGGAGACGAAGAAACAGUGAAGAAAGCCAUGGAAGCUGUUGCAGCCCAAGGGAAAGCAAAAUGA